GUUAAAUUUUGAAAUAACGUAAUGCAUUUUGUAUGACUAAGAAAAAGACACAGCCCAACAAUGAACUUCAGUAUCGGCUUCAGCAACAAGACUUCCUUCAGCUUUCCUGGCUUCGCCUUUGCCAUCAAGGUCCCAACUCUUGACAACUACCUGUACACUAUCUUGAUCACCGUAACAGUACAGACAUGCAAUUUAAUUGUAGCCGUAUUCGGAAUCGGAGCGAAUUCCGUAAACAUCAUCAUCUUCGCUAAACAAGGUUUCCAGGAGCGGGUGAACAUCAGUUUAAUGGGGUUGGCAGUGUCGGAUCUGCUGUCGCUUGUAGCGGUGGUGGCGCCGUCGGUGUUGGAAUACACGGUCCGGCCGUUUUUUGAAGACUCGUUUCACUCGCAGAAGAUUUAUUACCUGACCACGACGACGAUGCACCAAGUGUUUGUGAGGGUGACGAGCCUGAUCACCGCGUUCAUCACGCUAGAGAGGUGCCUCUGCAUCACACUGCCCCUGCAGGUAAAGAACAUCUUCACCAGGAAAAGCGUCACCUGCUUUAUCAUCUCCACUUACUUUAUCGGAAUCGCCAGCGUCGCGCCUAUCUACUACACGACUUAUCUAGAGUGGGUGUAUUUUCAAGAAUCAAACCAUUCAUACCUAACCUUAACCUUCACAAAAGACCGCGAUAUAGUCGAUUAUUAUACUUUUAUUUUCGGAAACCUAUUGCUAUCAAUCUCGUCUUUGUUAUUCGUCGCUACUAGCACUGCUUUUCUUAUCAAAGGGCUACAAAAUGCCGGGAAAAUGCUAAUCAACGAGAACUCGAUUAAUGACAAAAACAACGUCAUAUCGAGAAAGAAGCUGAGGAUUAUAAAAAUGACAACGAGCAUGGCGAUAAUUUUCAUCAUCACUUUCACACCCUCUAUCGUCUUCAACGUUUGGACGUUGUCAGACGUGAAUUUUAACAUUGGCGGGAUGAACCGGAAGUUGUAUGAGGCGGCCUUCGCGUUUGCCUUCCUGCUGGAGUCUUUGAAUUCCAGCGUCCUGAUAUUCUCCUACUACAACCUGAGCUCCAGGUACAAGGAGAUUUUCUCCAGUUUUUUCAGCCUGAUCUUUCACCUGGUGCAUGAGUUGCACCACAAGCUACAUGAUGUGGGGCACCAGAGGUUAUAA